AGUCGCCGUCGCCGUCGUCCGCAACAGCAUGCAGGUGCGUUCAUGGCCAUUAUCGACCUCAUCUCCGUACAAUACAUCCGCGAUGCCCGGAUGGCGGUGCGAUAUUCCGCCUCCUCAUUCGGAUCAUCAUGACACCCUCAAUGAUGCCUCUUUAGACACAGAUGGAGCACAUACCUCCAGCUCAUCCAUCUCAUGCUUUCCGCCUCUUCGGAUUCUCUUAGAUCUUCAUCUCCAUGCAAAUCACUCACAUGACACCCUUUCCUGUGUCCUAUCAGCAGGUGUUCUGUCCAUGAGGCCUCUUCCAAGUCCUUAGAUCAACACGAUGCGUGGAAGAGAUAGUGCGUACGCAAUCAUCUAUGUAUCUAUAUGGUAAUCCCAGCCAUACCAUCAUGCCACAGGCCGGCCGUCCAUGCCGUUAGCGUCGCUCCUGAAAUAGGUGUCCUCGGUGGAUUAAAGACCUUUCAUUACUUCCAGCAUUCUGUAAACGACCAAACCCUUGGCGAACAGCGUGCUUGCUUGUCAUCAGAUAAUCGCGGAUUACGUGAAUCGGUAACCGCAGAGGGCAGUGAAUAGAUAUUACCCUUCUCAAAACCAUGAACUCAUGGAAAUAGUACUACAUCAAAAUAUUUACUAGUUGUUCCACACCUGCCAUGGUCACCUGACUACCCCCUGUGCCCUUCAGCUCUUCUGUACAUCUAUCCCCAAGUUCGUCCAUCCUCACUCCGCAAACGCCUAUCAUGUCCUGACCGUCCUUCGACGAAGCUCAAAGUCUUCCAUGUCCACCGAUACCGUAAUCUCCGUUGUCAUUAACCGCUGAGUGAAUUGCUCACCGGUUCUCACACCUGAUGGAGGUUUUAUAUUGACAUUGACGUCGUCACUGGAGUUAACGCGUUAACUGUUACCACAUCCUGUUUUCUGUGACGAACACCAUGCCAGCAAUAU